AUGGCGGCUUAUGGUGCAGCCACUUCUCUCAAGAAUACGAUUCAACGUAUUCUACAAUCGUCUCGCAUUUCUCUCGUUUCCCACUCUCCACAAAUCUUACCACCUGCCUACGACCAGAUGGAUCGCUUGCAGAAAGUUCUGCUCAAAUUGGACGAGACCAGCUGCAGCAAGAUCAGGACGAAGGUGAAUGCUUUGGAUGAACUCAUAAAAGAGGCAGUUUGGGAAUUCGAAGAUUUGCUCGAAUCCCAUAUCUUACCUCAGAUUCUUCCACAACUCGAAAGCGAGAGAUACAACUUGUCUUUCUCUGUAGAUCUGCAGAGUCUGCAACACCGUGUUGAUUGCUUCGUCGAGAAGAUGAAGAUGAUGGAGGAGGAGUACACUAAUGCAAUGGAGAAUAUGGCUGAAGUAGAAGGCGAGCCUAUUUCCUCCAGAAUUGAUUCUGGUGGAAUGAUCAAGUCAAAGAUGGUUGGAUUAUCUCAUGAAUUUGAAAAGGCCAGAGAUUAUCUUCUUGAAGAAAAUAACAAGCUACCCUAUUCGAUUAUUGGGAUGGCGGGCGUUGGAAAGACAACUCUUGCUAAGCGUAUUUUUGAAGAUCCAUCAAUUCGGAGCCGUUUUGAGUUUCGAGCAUGGGUCAGAAUGGGUAGAAAAUGUGAAUCCGAUGAACUAUUACGAUGCGUUCUAGCUCAAGUGGAUCCCAACGCUUACGAAAUGCUUAUCCAAGGAGAUGACGAUGAGGAGGAAUUAGUUGGACUCUUGAAAGAAAGAUUGAACGACAAGAAAUGUCUCAUCGUGUUGGAUGAUGUUUGGGAGAUACAAGCACUAAGUUGCAUGGAAGAUUGCUUGAAAGAAGAGAAUAUUCUUGGAGGGAUUCGAUAUGUACUUACAAGUAGAAUAGACUUUAUAUUCACGGAGGAUGAGGAUGGGUACGAAACAAUGCGCUUGUUGAAUGUAAAAGAAAGUAAAGAGCUACUUGGUGAGAAGUUGUUUGGUGAAGAGGGUUUCCCUCUUCAACUUGAGGAACUAGGAAAGAAGAUUGCCAAGAAAUGUGAAGGUCUUCCUCUUAUGAUAGUCACGGUUGCAGAGCUCCUAUCAAAAGCCGACAUGACCCCAGAAUAUUGGACUGAGGUACUCGAACAACAUAGUUCAGUCUUUGUGGAUGCAUAUAAUAAAAUAUCAGAGGUACUUUUUCCAAGUUAUGAUUACUUACCCCAACAUUUAAAAAUGCUUUUUCUCUAUAUGGGAGCAUUCCCUCCAUAUAUUGAUAUUCUCACUCCAACCGCACCCAACAAUCUGUUGAGUGCUGAGGGGUUUCUUGAGCCGACUGGAGAAGAAAGUUUUGAAGAUUUUUUCAAUAUAUGCUUGAAAAAGCUUACUCUGAGAUAUAUGGAGAUUAAAAGGCGUGGAGUUCAGUCAUAUAUGCCUGUGCAAAUUUGGGACAUGCAAGAACUACAACAUAUUCAGGUCAUGGGAAGCGACCUACCAACCCCUAAUUCUGAUGAUGUUGCCUUGAACAAACUCAUCACACUUUUGGAUGUGAGUGCAAACAGUUGUACAAGGGAAGUUCUCAAAAGAAUUCCUAAUCUAAAGGAAUUAGGGAUUAAUGUGGAGUUGAAGCCUUAUGAUGAUGAUGAUGAUGAAAGAAACCCAUCGAGUUGCUUGGGUUAUAUCUCACAACUCCAGAAUUUGGCCGCGCUUAGUUAUGGCAUCAGGAAUCCCGAGAUGAAGUAUGAGUUUAAUACUAUAUCUCUUUCAAUGUUCCCAUCAAGUCUCACAACACUAGUUUUAGGUGGUUUGGGGUAUCCUUGGAAGUACUUGAAUGACAUUGGUUUGCUGCUGCCAAAUCUCGACUUUCUCAUAUUAGAAUCUUAUGCCUUUCGAGGCCCAGAGUGGAAAAUAGAAUCGGGGAGUUUCUUGAAACUUAGAGAACUUCGAAUCGAAGACACCGAUUUGGUGCAAUAG